AUGUCUGAAGGAGAUGAUAAUAAAACAAUUCAACAAGAAGAAAUUCUUGCUUUAACAUCAAUUUUCGGUUCAGAUAUAUUUCAACUUGAUCCUCAAGAUUCAUUAAAUCAAUCAUAUUUAUUUAAAUUAUCUUUAGAAUCCGAUAUUUCAAGUACUACUUCAUCAGAAUAUCGUUCACAUUCUAAAAAUUUUAUUACAAUAAAAUUUCAAUUUCCCAAUGAAUAUCCUUCAACCUCUCCACCAAAUUAUAAAAUUACAAGUUUAUAUUGUGGAACUUUAAAAAUCGAUAAAAUAAUAAAAAAUGAGGUUGAUAAAAAAUUUAAAGAAUUAUUUAUUCCAGGACAAAGAUCGGUAUUUGUAGCACAUUUAGCACCAGUAAAUAAUAUAUCAGAAGUUAAUCUUGUAAGAGAAACAUUAAUGUUAAAUAAAAAGGUUGCUAAAGCUACUCAUAAUAUUAUGGCUUAUAGAAUUAUAAGAGAUGAUGGGAUAUUAAUACAAGAAACAGCAGCAGGAGGAAGAUUACUUCAUUUAUUACAACUUGUUAAUGCAAAAAAUAUCAUAGUAAUAGUUUCUCGAUGGUAUGGUGGAAUUCAAUUAGGAGCAGAUCGGUUUAAAGAUAUAAAUAAUGUUGCAAGAGAUUUACUUGAGAAAUGUGGAUAUGUUAACGGUGGUAAUGGUAGUGUUGGUAAAAAUGGUAAUAAAAGUGGAGGAGGAGAUAAUAAAAAGACCAAAAAGAAAUAA